AUCACGCGCUCCGGAAAUCCUUGAGCCGUCACCUAAACGCCCGCGUUGUUACGCGGUGGAUUAUUUUGGUCUCCUCGAGCUAAAAUCCAUCUGAAGUUGCGAAACGUCCCUUACAUUCGUUCGCUCUAUCGCAAAGUCGCCAUUCUCUCGGUCGUGCGGCGUCACGGCCUCCGCAUCGUUGCGCCAUUUCGGAACGGCCGGAUCGUCCGCGAGCGCUAGGCGAGGCGAGGACACGGCUAUGUCGCGGUCGCAGGGCGGCAGGGCGCCGCCGUCGAUAGUAAUCUCGCAGCGCGGCGGCCGAGCGUGACUGCUCCGCCUCCGCCUCGUACCGCCGUGCCUGUCUAGUCCUCGUUGUGACCGUGUUCAGUGCAUGAAUGGCAAAUGGACAUUGUCAUAAAUCGUCAGUCGUGUUUACAGUUUUUGUGAAUAUAGAUAGUUUCGCGCCGCCCUUUGUCCAACGGGGGCGGUGGUAGAACGCGGUUCUCAUGCGGUCAGGCUCGCCUGGCGCUCACGAAACGACCGAGUGAAUUAUGGCUAUGUGCAUAUACGUCGUGCAGUACACAUACCUAACGUACGCGCCUACCUAUCUAUACUACAGUGCAGCGAUGAGCGAAGGCUGUAACUACCUACCUACUCAAACAAAGCAUUUUGCUCGCAAAUCUAUACAGCUAGCAUGAACGGCUAGUUUUCGUGUUCUUUGUAAAAUUUCACGUAGCAUCGUUAUCGUGUUUUUGUCGUGGCCAUAAUUUAUGAGUUUCAAAACAUCUGUGCUUGUCAAUUGUCUAAAUUAGUGUGCAUUUUGAGGUUAGGCCGUGAUUUGUGCUAAAUUCGCAAUUUGCGAGGCGAGUGGUUUCUGUAGUGAUUAUAAAAGUGUUUUAGGAUGUUAUUUUAAGACUUUUGUGUUCAUAGUGUGGAAAAAAAUGUGUUUGCUAGGCCAAAACUGUGUCAAUAAGGACAGCACAUAAUCUUUGUGUUUUGAAUCGGCUAUUAAAUGCAGCAAUUCCACAUAAAUUGGGAGGAAGGUGAGGAGAAGCCGAAAGCGGCGGAAAGUCAGGACGAUGGGUACGAGACGAGCAACAGCGGCGAGGCGCGGCGGAAGCCCUCCAGCGCAGAAGGAUCCCCCGCCCCGCCUGCACCACGCUCACCUCCGCCCGAGCCCCCCUUCGAGCCGCUUCUGCAACGACCGUUCCCCUCACCUUACCGGCACUUCGAGCCAGCACCGGCGCCGCCGCCUUCGCACGCCCACGAACAAGAACCGUACCAGCAUUUCCCCUUCCCAAAGUACCCUCAAGACGCUUACGGCUUCAAACGCGAACCGGACGCCCCCUACGACAUGAGCCAGCACCAUCAGCAACACCAAAUGCAGCACCAGUUCGCGAGCGCGAAACGUACCGAAGACUUAUACAAUGGAAUCAAGCAGGAAUGUGAGGACCCCUACUCGUUCGUGGAGGAGGACGCGAUGUGUGCGAUGCUCGGCCAACAGCACCACAUGCCGCCGCAUAUGCAGCACCACGACCACCACCAACACCAGCACCCGCAUAUGCAGAUGCACCCGCAACAGAUGAUGCUCAACCAGCCGAAGAAACGGGGUAGAAAGAAGAAAAUUAAAGAUGAAAAUGGCAUGGAAAUCAAAACGGAAGGACUCGAGGGUGCCCUGAUCCCGAGGCCGGUCAAGGAGAGGAAAAAGCACGACAGAUUCAACGGCAUGAGCGAGGAGGAGGUGUCGAGGCGCACGCUGCCCGACCACCUGGCUGAGAACCUUGACAUCAUCAUUAUCGGAAUAAACCCCGGGCUUUUCGCCGCAUACAAGGGCCACCAUUACGCGGGUCCCGGGAACCACUUUUGGAAGUGUCUGUACCUGUCCGGGUUGACGAGGGAGCAAAUGAGCGCCGAUGAGGAUUAUAAGCUAUUAAACUUCGGCAUCGGCUUCACGAACAUGGUGGCGCGGCCGACGAAAGGCUCGGCGGACCUCACGCGGCGCGAGAUCAAAGAGGGCUCGGCGAUACUGCUGGAGAAGCUGCAGACGUUUCGGCCGAAGGUGGCCGUGUUCAACGGGAAGCUGAUCUACGAGGUGUUCUCCGGCAAGAAGGACUUCUGCUUCGGGAAACAGCCUGAUACAAUAGCGGGCACUAAUACGUACAUGUGGGUGAUGCCGUCGUCGUCGGCGCGCUGCGCGCAGCUGCCGCGCGCCGCCGACAAGGUGCCGUUCUACGCGGCGCUGAAGAAGUUCCGCGACUACCUGAACGGGCUCGUGGCGCACGUGGACGAGGCGGAGCUGGUCUUCCCGGACAACACCAGCCGCCGCCCCCAGGAGGAGAUGGAGAUACGCAGGCUGACGAUGGAGCCGGAGCCGGGGGACACGAUCAUACUGGAGGACGGGACAGAAGUUCCACUCAAGAAGAAAAGAGGCCGGCCGAAGAAGAUAAAGCUGGAAAACGGGGAGACGGCGCCGCCCACGCCGCGGGCGCCGCGCCCCCCGCGCCCCCCGCCCAGCAUGGACCCCAACGGGGAGCAGCCGCCGAAAAAGAAGCGCGGCAGGCCCAAGAAGAUACGCCCGGAGGAGCAGCAGUUUCUGUUGCAACAGCAACAGCAGCAGCAGCAGCAACAACAGCAACAGCAACAGACGAACUCGAUGCUGCAGCCGCAGCUGUCGUCGAUGUCGGCGCUGCCGCACGAGCAGCCGUUCAUGGCGCACGGCGGCGGCGAGUUCCCCGCGCAGAUGCCGUCGCCGCUGCAGCAGGGCAUGCUGUACCACCAGCAGCACCAGCACCAGCAGCAGAUGGCGGACGGCUCGCCCUACUACCAGCCCAAUAACGGCGGCAUGGACUCCCCGCUGGACGUGUCGGGGCUGGGGCUGCCGCGCGCCGGCUACGGGUCGCCGCGCGGCGUGUACGCGUCGCCGCGCUCGCAGCCCUACUCGCCGACGCCGCAGCGCCUCGCCGCCACGCCGCAGCCGCAGCCGCCGCAGCAACAGUUCCCGUCGAGCCCCGCCGCGUUCUCGGCGCCGUCACCACCGCGCGGCUCUUUCGGAUCGCCGGGCGUGGGCGUGGGCGUGCGCGUGGGCGGCGCUUUCGCAGCGCGCUCGCCGCUCUACGCCAGCUCGCCCAGCUACCGCCAGCAGCCGAGCCCGGCGCCGCAGCAGCAGCCGCGGUUCGCGCACGACCAGAUGCAGUACGCGCGCGAGGGCGCGUCGCAGUCGCAGGGCACGCCGUACUCGCAGUCGCCGGUGCCGGCGGUGGGCGUGGGGCUGGGCGGCAGCACGCCGUUCCCGGCGGCGUCGCCGGCGGGCGGCGCGGGCGCGCUGCACUCGUACACGCCGUCGCCGGCGCACACGCCCUACAGCCACCACUCGUCGCCGGCGCCGGCGCCGCUCACGCCCACCUACACGGAGUCGCAUCACUUCGCGCAGGGCGGCGGGUCGAGCGGUGGCGGCGGGGGCGGGGGCGGCGGCUACGGCGGCGAGCUGUCGCACGAGAUCGGCGCGGCCAUCUCGUCGCCCGGCGUGUCGCCCGGCAUCGCCGCGCUCGACUUCGAGCCGCCGCGCGACGACGCCAGCCCCAUGGGCAGCACCGACAUGCACCCCGGCAGCAACUCCAACUCCUCGCUCUCCGACUACAACAAGCAACCCAGCGCGAGCAACGCGGAGGUGUCACCGGGCGGCGUGGGCGUGGGCCCCGGCUCGGUGGGCGGCGGCUCGUUCGGCGCCAUGUACGAGCGCGACGCGAUGCCCUACGCGGACGACAAGCCGCACGACUACCACUAUCCGCAGGAGCAGGGUAACGGCGUGGCUGGCAGCCCGCGGUUAGACCAGCUCCAUCAGCAUCCCUCCAUGUUUCCUAGUAAUUUCAAUAGAUCAACACCUCCAGUAGGUGAAGAAGCGGCAUUCUCACCGAUGGCCUCUACCGCCUUCCGGCCCGCUGAACACCAUCAUCCACCUGGCUCACCGAGCGAGUACGGCGGCGACAGCGGCGCCGGCACGCCCAAGCCGAAGGGCCAGCAGGACGUCUCGGCGAAGUCGCUCUCCGGCCUCGAGUCGCUCGUCGACCAGAUCCCCUCCAUCGCGGAGGGCGGCGCCGGCGCGGUGGGGGGCGGCGGCGUGGGCGGCGCGGGCGUGGGCGUGGGCGCCGGCGCGGGCGGGGGGGACGCGCCCGCGCCCGCCGUGCCCGCGCUGCCGGACUACGCACCGGCGCUCUACCCCCCCUACCCGGCGUACGGCACGCCCGCAUACGGAAACAACGGGUACGGCGGGCCGUUCGUGGGGUACGGCGGCGGGUGGGGCACGCAGCUGAUGCGGCCGGCGCCCGGCUACCUGCCCGACUGGCAGUACGGCUACGCGCCGCCCGGCUACGCGCCCUACAACGCGCCCUACUACAACGGCUACGCGGGCCCGCCCCCCGCGCACCACCAGCAGGCCCACUACCUGUCGGCGAGCCCGCUGCUGGACCUGCACAAGAACGCGGAGCCGCCGGUGUCGGUGCCGGCCGUGCCCUCCGUGCCCUCCGUCGGCUUCGGCGGCUUCUGUUAGUGAAUCUCUGCCCUCUGGUGAUCGCCUCC